UAUACUUACUCUUCUGAGCUGACAACACUUGAAUUCAUAAUCCAAACGCGAACACGCACAGAUGGUCCGAUACUAUUUUUUUCCAUAGUGCGACUGUUGGUUAGUUCUUUGGCUUUGUUAGUAUUUGAUUCUCGACAUGACAUGGUCCUCUUAUAUUGGACUAAUACAUUCUACAUUAUUUUACGAAAUUUUAUACUCCAAACGUACGUAAGAACCCCUGCGAGAGGGGUCUUCAGCUGUCUGCCUCAACGAGAGUCGCCGCGCCGCACCGCGCGUCGCUUCCCGCAGGCGCGAUAAGCCAUCCGCCGCCUUCCGCCGCGGCGCACCUGGCCGCCAGGGGCGCUGCCAUGCGCGGCGGACGAGGCCUUAUAUAAGGGCGGUGGAGCACGUCAGCUCACACACGACCAGCAUUCGAAGUACAGCGCUCCCCCUUCCGUCGGUCCUUCGGCUGCAACCAGCGCCCACCAAAACAAAACCAUGGGGAAGCCGGAGGAGGCGAGUCAAGGAAGCGAAGUAAAUAAGUCAGGUGCAGAUGACUCGAAUACUACUUACAACAAUUAUGAUGCUGAGGGCGCAGAUUAUGACCCAUUUGCAGAGCGGAGAGUGACACACCCUACAUCCGACGCGGGAGCUUUGGCUCACCUGCUCAAGUGCAGUUUGGGCAGCGGCAUCCUCGCCAUGCCGAACGCCAUCCGCAACGGGGGCCUGGUCUUCGGCGCCAUCUUCACCGUUCUCGUUGGCCUUCUCUGCACCCACUGCGUCCAUAUUCUGGUGAAAUCCUCCCACAUUGUGUGCAAGAAGGCGAAGAAACCGUCAUUAACAUUUGCAGAGACGGGAGAACAAGCGUUUGCCACCGGUCCCCAGUCAUUUCGUAAAUUUGCGGGGUUUGCGAAAGGAUUUACGAAUGGGGCUUUAAUUGCAACUUACUAUGGAGCUCUGGCGGUUUACAUAGUAUUCGUGGCUGAGUCACUAAAAAGGGUUGUUGACACCAACGUAGAAUGUGACAAACAAUUGGAUAUUCGAAUAUGGAUUGCCAUGCUUUUCGUUCCACUAUCUCUAUUAUGCUUAAUACGAAACCUGAAGUAUCUUGUCCCGUUCUCGUGGUUAGCUAAUUGUUUCAUCAUAGUUGGAUUUGCUCUCACACUUUACUAUAUUUUUACUAACUUGGGAGAUCCUAAAGACUUGCCAAAAGUGGGAGAAGUUGGAAAUCUUCCUCUUUUCUUCAGUACAGUAAUAUUUGCUAUGGAAGGCAUAGGAGUGGUGAUGCCAGUUGAAAACAGUAUGAAGAAUCCGAGUCGUUUUCUUGGAUGCCCUGGAAUUCUGAAUAUCGCUAUGUCCAUUGUUGUUUCCCUGUAUGCAGUCAUUGGAGUUGCUGGAUAUAUUGCAUUUCAAAAUGGCACACAAGCUAGCAUUACAUUCAACUUGCCAGAGAACGACAUAAUGACACAGAUCGUGCAAAUUUGUGUGGGACUGGCGAUAAUGUUUACCUAUCCCCUUCAGUUCUACGUCGCUACUGAAAUUAUCCUGAACAUACUUAAAACGAAGAUAGCCAAAAAUAAAUUCAGCAUGUUCCAAAACUUCUACCGAGUGAUUGUGGUUGCUAUUACAGUGGGUAUUGCUGCAGCAGUUCCAAAUUUGGGUCCCAUUAUUUCGUUAGUAGGUGCUGUAUGUUUUUCCAUUUUGGGAUUACUGGUCCCAGCAGCAAUUGAAAUUGCAGCCUGCUAUGAUGGAAUGCUAGGAAGAUGGAACUGGAUACUGAUUAAGGAUGUAAUAAUUAUUAUUUUAGCACUUUUGGCAUUAGUGUCUGGCUCAUAUACUAGUAUACUUGAGAUUAUUGAUGAAUAUUCAAAUCCAGAGGAGAGUACAACAGGCUGCAAUGGCCAAACCACUUAGUAAUUACUAAAUCUUGAAGAAUGACUGCUAUCAUUUUUCAAUUGUCGUCAUUUGCAGCCUCCACACAUGACGUGAAUGCUUUCCUGCCAAUUUUAAUCCCAUUCUUAGGUAUGAAGAGGGUGGAAAGUAUUCUAUUCAUUGUACAUUGUUUUCACAUCCAUUCAUUCUCACUUGAGACAUCCUCAUAACUGAGGCUUGGAUGAACGUAAAUGUUUUACCCUUCCAUUAAUCCUUACUAAAAACGUUUAGCUUGCAGUUCUAGUUCUGAAAAGUAGGAGCAUAGUGCAAAUUGAUAUUUUUCUUCUGGGAUAUGUUAAAAAAAAAGAAGCUAGUGAACAAUUGAAGGUGACGUGAUGAAACAAUUUUUUUGGGGGGGGAAUAUGAUGAAAAAUGUGCACUCAAACUUCAAUUCUGCCUGUUUUGACUAAUUCUUGGGAUUCAUUCAAUUCCUUUGAUUUCAACACCUUAAUUUGAACAUUUAAAGUGAGGUAACCAUAAAUGAUGCACCUAGAAAUGGAUUAUUUGUGUUCCUGGAAGGGAAAAAUUAAUAUUUUCUUGGCAGGGAGUAUCACUCUUGAGAAGGGGAUAUGCCCCAACCCUGGUCCCUAGCCCUCAAACACCAACAUCACCUGAAUAAUACACCCUUCUGCUAGAAUAAAAAAACCCUAAAGAAAUGAAAACAUUUUGUGACAAAUAUUAAUGGAUAGUCCUGGAUUGUAGAAAUUGUUUAAAAUAAUAAAAUAUGAAAUUUUAAUUGUAGCCCUACUGAAAAUUUGAAGUGCGAAACAUAUUCUUCUCUGAGUUAUUUAAUUAUUUCAAUGAGAAAUGCAAGUACACUCACUGACAUCAUUACAACUUCAAAUAAAUUGCACAUCACAAGGAAAUUUUGAAGUUACAUUUAGAAAGAGUCAAAGAGCCGACAAAAUUAUAUUAUUUAGAAAAUAUUUACAAAAAUAUGUUUCUUCUUUUGAGUCAAAGAAUCUCAAUUCAAAAGGCUCAUAACACAAUAUUGCAAAUGGGACAAGCCUGAUAUGGAGCAAUAAAAGAAAAAAGUGAAAUUUGGAGAACUUAUUUUCAGUCAGUGAUUUCAAUUAUUAUUUUUCAGCAUCUCUGCAUAAUAUUCAAUAUGAAUUACAGGCAAAAUAUUAAGUAUAGUUCUUACAUGGUAUGUUAAAACAAUGUACAAAUUUAUUGUUAUUAUGUUAAUGAGCACUGCUCUCUUUACAAAAUGUAUUUUUGUUACACUUAAACACAUAGUGGUAAGAGGUCGCACUGCAUGAUACAUUCAACAAAUUCGAAGGUUCUAGCCCUUUUGACUUUGAAAAAUAUUUACUACAAAAAAUAUAAUCAUAUCAUCACAGGUAACAUAAUAAUUAGAUCACAUACGUUCCAAUUACCCAUAUAUAGUUUUCUAUUGAUAAUGUUAAGAAAAUAAAAAAUGAUUCUUCACUCCAAAAGUAUGAUGUUGAAUGUAUUUAUAAUAAAUUAUUGUAAUGUUAGAGAGAAAUUGACAUCUUAUUAAUCAGAUUUUAUUAUUUAAAAAGGGCUUAAAUUCACCUAAAUCCAAAAAGAAUAAUGGAACUUAUAAUUUAAUUUUUUCUUUCAAGUUUUUUAAGAGAAUUUUUAAAACUGAAACAUUUUGUAAUCAUGAGAAAAAUGCUCGCAAUUAGCCAGUAUCUUUCAAAAAUAUUUUGUUAGUUGUAUUGAGUAAAAGCUCUUUCUGGGAUAAGUACAGUGAUAAAUUGUAUUUAAUCCCAGAUGUGUACAUAUAUUAAUUGUUCAGUUUUAAUGAACAGAAAUUAAUGUAAAAUAAAAAUUAACAAAAAAGAACUCUUGAACUCUUGACUAUUAUUCAUUGAACUUUCUCUCCUUUCUUUUUUU